GUGACUAACACGCGCCCUGUCCCCAACGAUGUUCAAGCGUUUACUAUCAACCUAUCGCGGUAUUGUGUUUUUCGUCUUGCUUUCGAUAGGCAUUUCGUUAUUGUGUAUUUACAGAUAUACGACGAAUGGUGAAUACAACUUCACAUACCCAAUUUUAGCUGUAAACUGGCAAAUGCCAGAUACUCCGGAAAUAAAAGAUGAAAUUCCAAAACAUGAAGCCGAAAUUCCGGAAAGUGAAGCCGAGGUAAUAAAACCCGACGCGCCAUCAGCCAAAGAUGCAUCCGAAACCCCAAAGGCUGAAUUGCUAAAACCAUUCGAGAAGAAUAGUAAUGGAAACGGGGAAAUGGAUAAGCAGCAUCUCGAGAAAAUAAAACAAAGAUUUGCCCAAAGGAAAAAGAUCCUACAAGGCAACUGUACCCAGACUCUUCCUGGACAACUUAGGAUCCAGAACAACGAAGCUUCUUAUUACGUUAAACAAUACAGAACCUAUUUCUGUGUUUCGGCAAAGGGUGGCGCAACGACGUGGAAAACGCAUUUGCUGAGGAUGAAAGGGCUUCCGGGCAACAAUGUCCACAAGGGGUAUAAUGAGAAACGAAUCAGAGCGGGGCCGGCAAAAGUCGCCGACCGCAUCGCGGGGAAGGUGACCAGCGUGAUCUCGGUGCGACACCCGCUGGCGCGCCUCGUGUCGGCCUACGGGGACAAGUUCGGGGACGGAAGCGGGAGGGGCGCCACACCCCGCUUCAUGCUGAUGGUCAGGCAGUACUUCAAGAGUUGGGGAAAACCAGUCACGUUCAGGCAGUUUCUUUCCUUCGUCAUCCAUCAAGGGAAGGGAGGACCUGGAAGGAUAAAUAAUCACUGGCGACCAAUUUCCUGGAACUGUAAGCCUUGUACAGGAAACUAUGACUACGUUGUCAAACUUGAAACUCUAGACAGCGACUUGGCUUACCUUGUUAACCUUCUCGGAAUUAAAGAAAUUAACAUCAAACUUAAACAUAAUGCUAAAAAGAGUAAGGCCAAAAUUAAUGGCUAUGAGAGUUACUUCAAAUCUUUACCUCCAGACAUGCUUAAGGACAUCUACACUAUUUAUAAGUAUGAUUUCAUUUUGUUUGAUUAUGCAGUUCCACAGUUCAUGCUUGAUGCUAUUUCCUCCUGAGUUUGAAGAUGAUGCAGUGUUCGCAACUUAUAUGGGAAAUACAAACCUUCAAAUUUGGAGACCAAACUCGCAAAGUGAUAGCUGGUCUUUUGGGAGGUACUUCAACUUUGCAUACGAAUUCAAGAUGCACUUGAUAUGAAGAAAUAUAAGAAAACAAUGGAUAUAUGAUGUAACAAAAAAUAUUGCCAGAAAUGAGGAUCUGUGUAUAAAAGCCAAAUAUGUUGACACACACAAUAUGACUUUGAGAUGUGUGAAUAAGUCAAAGGAUAUUGCUAUCUUUACAAAAGGAAAAAAAUGUAUGCAUAUUCAUUAGUCUUUGGUCGUAAAUGACUACAGACAUGAUAUUUAGAGAAAAAUGUGUGUGUAAUAUAUUGCAUCUGUUAUAUUUUCAGUGAUAUGUACAUAAUGUUGAAUAUGUCAGUGGUGUUGGUAUGUUGGUAUAGACUGAAAACAUAUAGGACUGUAAGUAGGAUUUUCCCUCUUAGUUUUAAUG